AUCCAUAAUUAUUGUAUUCUCUAUUUAACAAGGGUCGUUCACUCGUUUGCUAUCUUGAGUAGUGUGGUGAUAAAUGAGGUAGAACCGUGGUUGUCAUGCCGGUGGCAUGCCACCCGGUUGAACCUGGUUCAACCUGUGCCGGUCAUGAAACCGGCAUGACACCACCGGUAUUACCGGUAUGAUUGACUUACCUAUUUUAAGUAAAAUGACAUCAUUUUAAUGAAUGUAAUGAAUAAAAAAAUUAAUUUAUUAUUCAUUUUAUGAAUGUAAUAGUUAAAAGUUGAUGAUAUUUGUUGGAUUGUAACUAAAUUGUCCACAAAUAUGUUUUAUAUAUGAUUAAAUACAUUGGAUAUUAAUUGUUUUCACAUUUUUUUUAAAUCGGCACGAACGGCACAAACUGGUUAUACCACUGGUCGUGUCAUUCUACUUUCCAAACCGGCACAACGGUAUAAACUGGUUUGACAAUCUUGGCUAGAACCCUAACCAAGUCUUACUUAACUUCACGUGGAUUUACAUAAAAAAAAUUUGAUGCCAAAACAUUACCAUCAAGGAUUUAAUCAAAAUCAUUUGUUUGCUUGAUCAAAAGUGAGUGAGCUAACGAGCAAUGAGGCCCAUUUCGUACCCCUUUUGGGGCCCAAUAAUGAUUUAUCUGGCCAGCCGGGCCCAAAUUGGAGGUAAGUGCAAAAAUCGUAGGACGGAUCCGGUGACUGUUUUCUCUCCAGUCGCCAUGGAAGAUAGCUGUACGACUGUAACUCUGUAACUACCGCGACUUCUUCACAGUGAACCAGUCAUUCUCCCACGAAUCAAACAAGACUCUCUCUGGUGUUGGGUUUUAGAGUGGACUGCAAAACCCAAAACCUAAUCUCCUGCUCCGUGUGUCUCUGCGAUAAUCGAGAGGUAACCCACCGCGCAAAUCCCUUCUUCUACAUUUCAUAUCUGGCCUCUUUCUCUUCUUCUCCUCCUCGUGCUCUGAUGGCGUAGGUUGUGCUUUUUUUACUUUUUUUCCCUUAGGUUCCACUGCCAUGGGAACAUUUCUCCCAUGGGAACAUGCCAUUUCCUCAUAUCCCUAAUAGCAUUUGGGGAAUGGUUUUUCUAUUCGGAAAUGGUGGAGUAGAGUAGAGAGUGGGGAAAAAGUGGAGUUUCUGGCAUCUAAUCACGGCCCUUGUGGGAGUCGUGAUUUUUUCUUUUUCUGGAAGUUGGUUUGCCUAGUCUAGUGUUGGCUUUCUAAAUCUUUGUUAAAAUGUCCACUGAAGAAGCUAUGGCUGUCUUGCAGUUCUAUAUGCCAGAUAAAUUUCUGAAUUUUUAGUACAUCUUUCUGUCUUCUUUGUAUAGCUAGUUUGCCAUGAGAUUGCUCUGACUUAAUUUAGUGCAUUGUAGGUUUAUGUACCCGUAGAGCUUUGACUUGGCAUAUAGUAUCAUGCAUGCUAUAAAGGGCAGUUGGGUUGGCCAGACGUUCGCCCUGUCCAAGUCUAAUGAGUCUGGAGGGAGGAAGUCUCGCAUCCGCCGUUCAAAGGAGGAAAGGAAGGGAAUGGUUGAAUUGUUUAUAAAGAAGUAUCAGAGUUUGAACAAUGGGAACUUUCCUUCUCUUAACCUCACCCACAAGGAAGUUGGUGGGUCAUUCUAUACUGUCCGUGAGAUUGUUCGAGAAAUCAUCCAAGAAAAUCGUGUGUUGGGUCCUGCUAAGUUUUUUCCUGAAGAGCAAGACUUUCAUGAGUGGUCAGAGCAGUAUCCCCUGGGCACAAUAUCCACAGAACUACAUUCUUCUUCAGCCUUGAUACCCAAUGGAACUACAGUACAAUCUGAUCAAUGUCCUAGUUCACAUGAAGAAUUUUCUCUCAGUUCUCAUGGGCUUGCUGAAACCCAUGAUGACAAUGCUGAAACUGGACAAAUCCUCAAUGCAAGUUUUGUAGUUGUCGGGAACACAGAAUCUGAUAAGCAGGUGGUCAACGAGUUUCAAGAAACCCAUAAUGAAGUGGCUCCAAUUGAAGACAUAUCUGUACCAAUUGAUGCUUCAAUAGACAAUAAAGGUACCGAAACAGUAUCUUUUGGGGUCCAAGCAGCCGGAUCACUAGGAAACAAGCCAGUUUCCAAUGUAGUAGGGGAUGCAAUCCAGGACACUCUACCGUUGGAAGUUAAAGGAUCGCAUGAACAAAUGAAAGCAGCUGUGGAAGUUCAAGCUAUAGAAACAGAGAAAACUGCCAGUGUGUACGAUGCAGUGGUAGAAAGCCUUGCCUUAGAAGUAGAAAAAUCUGACCGAGAAAUGCCAGGAGAAGUUCAAAUGAUGGAAACAGAGAAAAGUGUUGAAGAAGUCGCUGAUGCAGUCUUAUUUAGCCCUUCCUUAGAAGUUGAAGAAUUCAAGGAACAAACCAAGGCUGAACUCGAGGGGAAGGAACCAGGGAAAAGUGCCAAUGAUGUGAGAUCAUCUAGGGCAAAAAUCUUUGAAAUAGAAGAUGUCGUGGUGGAAACAUUCCCUUUACCCACUGUUUCGAGAAUUGAUGGUAAUGGGAACUCUGUUGCCAUAAAUGGUUCGAUUAGAACAUCGAAAGAAAAUGAUUAUGUGAAGGUGGACUUGGGGUCAAGACAAAAUUGUUCCAGUUCACCGAGAAUGGGCUCUUUAGAGCAUUCUGCUGCUGGAGAUGAUAAAAAUGACGAUCAAAACAGUUCUUUGUUGGAAAGGAAAUCCAUUGCAGUAAACGAAUUAGAGAGUAAAAGUUCAGUUGGUGCAUCAGUGGUUGGAUCUGAUCUAACUACUCUCAAGAAAAGCAUCAUGCAUGGAAGUCAACUCGGUGUUGACGUGAAACCAAAGUUAUCAAAUGAUCAGGCAUCAAGUGUCAUGAACCGAGGCAAAAACGCAUCUCCAAAUGCAACUUCUGCUAGUCCCGGUUUCCGCCAGGGGUCAGAUAUCCAGGCCAGCGUUUCAGGCAACAAAGCAAAUGCUGGGAGAAACAAAAGCUCCCAAAAAAGAGGUGAUCCAACACUAGACAGAAUAAACAUGUCAUGGCAACGGUCGUCUAGGAGGAUUCCUUCACAGGCGGAAACCAACCCGCUUUGGUCUGCUUUUCAAGCAUUCGUCUCCGCCUUUGUUAAAUUCUGGUCAGAAUAGUAAUGGUGUCCUCCUAUGGCUGUGGUGUAGAUGGUAGUUGGGUUUUUAACCCGUUUUAGUCUCCGACUUCAUUUUGGUUGGACGGUUUGGCUUUCUGGAGGUUGUUAAUGGUAGAGAGAGUUGCCCUUUCUGGUUCUGCAACUUCUGCUGCUGGUUUGAAAGAGUGCGAUUGUCUGUAUGCUUGCUUGUCAAGUGAUCUGGUCCACUGUUCUCCAUUGAUGAUGAUGAUAAAGACUGAUGAACACUCUGCCUAUUUUUCAUUUCAGUUUUAGCCACCGGUUGUGGUCAUCUAGUUUUGUGAGUAUUAUCCUGUUGAGAAGAAACAUGCAUUUCCGAAUGGAUUUGCACAAGUUGGGCCUAAAAGAGAAAGGAAAACAGGCCCAAGCACUGGUGUAAGUCGAGCGACAUGGUUUAACAUCUGGCCCAUUAGAUCAAAGCCCAAAUUUGAGCCCAACAGGCUCAGGUCCAACUGCCUUGUCCCUACAUAUAUAUAUACAGUAACUGAAAAGGUAACGUGAAAAAUAAAUCAGUUUAGAAAAGCGUGACGAGAACUCCGAAACUGACUUUGGGAUUGAUUGGAUCUGAUGUCUUGUUUUGGGACCCUUUUUUAUUAUUUUUAUUAUUAUUAUUAUUAUUAUUAUUAAUAAGCAGCCUUCAGAUAAUAAUAAUAAAACAGCACUUAAAAGUGAAAUAAAUUAAUAAUAAGAUACCCACAGCUCUGAGCUCAAAAGCUGAAACCCCCAACUCAGCAACAGAGCAGUGUAGUUGUCCAGAAAAAAGUGUUCAUGGAGUUUACCUUAAACACACUCAACCCUUAAUUACUUUUACCAUUAAAUCUCAUCCCAACCAGAUUUAGUUAGUCGAUCCCAAAACCGUCAUCAAGUAAUCAACUAAUAUUACACCAAUACAAUUUUGAUUAUUUG